GGGGAACACACUGGGCUUUCCAGGCCGCGGGGGACGGUGGCGGGUGUCGGGGCGCGGUGGCAACGCUGGAGUUCCCGGGUCCACUAUCGCAGUCAGCCCUGGUGACCCAAACCAGGGACUGGGGAGCCAACUGAGACCGUUGCGGCUGGGCCGUGGGGCUCCCCGCUCCCGGCGGGUCCUGGCUCCGCUGUACAUAGAAACCGUUGCCACGGCGGGAGGAUGCCGUUUCUUUUCGGUCCCCGACUGCAGGGGGCGCUCGGCCCUGUGGAUGCAGGAAAGAGAGUGCCUCGGUGGGAGAGACCCAGCUUUUCGCGUUAGCAGGCCCCAGCAGUUUGAACUGGAGCUAUGACCACCAAAGAUUAUCCGUCAUUGUGGGGCUUUGGAACAACAAAAACAUUUAAAAUUCCCAUUGAACAUCUGGAUUUCAAAUACAUUGAAAAAUGUUCAGAUGUUAAACAUCUGGAAAAAAUUCUUUGCGUGCUCAGGUCUGGCGAGGAAGGAUAUUAUCCUGAACUUACAGAAUUUUGUGAAAAGCACCUUGAAGCCUUGGCCCCUGAAAGUAGAGCUUUGAGGAAAGAUAAACCAGCAGCAACAGCAGCCAGUUUUACAGCUGAAGAAUGGGAAAAAAUUGAUGAUGAUCUAAAGAGUUGGGUAUCGGAAAUUAAAAAAGAAGAAGAUAAAAUGCACUUUCAUGAAACCGAGACAUUUCCAGCAAUGAAAGAUAAUUUGCCUCCAGUUCGUGGUUCAAACAGCUGUCUUCAUGUUGGCAAGGAAAAAUGUUCUAAAAGACCAACUAAAAAGAAGACUCCAAGGGAUUAUGCGGAAUGGGAUAAAUUUGACGUGGAAAAGGAAUGUUUGAAAAUUGAUGAAGAUUACAAAGAAAAGACGGUAACAGACAAGUCACACUUGUCUAAAAUUGAGACAAGAAUAGAUACAGCAGGUCUAACUGAGAAAGAAAAGGAUUUUCUUGCCAUUCGUGAAAAGGAGAAAGGAAACGAAGCUUUCAACUCAGGAGAUUAUGAAGAAGCAGUGAUGUAUUAUACCAGGAGCAUAUCGGCGCUUCCCACUGUAGUUGCCUAUAACAAUCGAGCUCAAGCACAAAUCAAAUUACAGAACUGGAAUAGUGCUUUUCAGGAUUGUGAAAAGGUCUUGGAGUUAGAACCUGGAAACAUAAAGGCUCUUCUGCGUCGUGCUACUACAUAUAAACAUCAAAACAAGCUCCAGGAAGCUAUAGAAGAUUUGAGUAAAGUACUGGAUGUUGAGCCUGAUAAUGAGUUGGCCAAGAAAACCUUGUCAGAGGUUGAAAGAGAUCUGAAAAAUUCUGAAGCUGUAUCUAAGACUCAAACCAAAGGCAAAAGGAUGGUUAUUCAGGAAAUAGAAAACUCUGAAGAUGAAGAAGGAAAAGACAGCGAAAGAAAACAUGAAGAUGGCAGUGGAGAUAAGAACCAUUUUUCAAAACAAAUGGUAUAUAAUAUUUUUUUCUUCUUUAGGGCUCUGGAACUUCAUCCAUUCUCAAUGAAACCUCUUCUGCGGCGGGCAAUGGCCUAUGAAACCCUAGAGCAGUAUGGGAAAGCUUAUGUGGAUUAUAAAACAGUGUUGCAGAUAGACUGUGGUCUCCAGCUUGCAAAUGACAGUGUUAACAGGCUAUCAAGAAUUUUAAUGGAGCUGGAGGGACCAAAUUGGCGGGAGAAGCUGUCAUCUAUUCCUGCUGUGCCUGCUUCUGUGCCACUGCAAGCUUGGCAUCCGGCAACAGAGAUGAUCUCAAAACAAGCAGGAGACUCCAGCAGUCAUCACCAGCAGGACAUCACAGAUGAAAAAACAUUUAAAGCCCUUAAGGAAGAAGGAAAUCAAUGUGUAAAUGACAAAAACUAUAAAGACGCCCUCAGGAAAUAUAGCGAAUGCUUAAAGAUUAACAAUAAGGAAUGUGCCAUAUAUACAAACAGAGCUCUCUGUUACUUGAAGCUGUGCCAGUUUGAAGAGGCAAAGCAGGACUGUGAUCAGGCACUUCAGCUAGAUGAUGGGAACGUGAAAGCCUGCUAUAGACGAGCUCUGGCUCAUAAAGGACUCAAGAAUUAUCAGAAAAGCUUAAUUGAUCUCAAUAAAGUUCUCCUACUAGACUCAAGUAUUAUUGAGGCAAAGAUGGAACUGGAAGAGGUAACUAGACUCCUUAAUCUUAAGGAUAAGACAGCAUCAUUCAACAAAGAAAAGGAGAGAAGGAAAAUUGAGAUUCAAGAGGUGAAUGAAGGCAAUGAGGAGGAGCCUGGAAGACCCGCAGGGGAGGUCUCCACGGGAUGCCUUGCUUCUGAGAAGGGAGACAAAAGCAGUGGGUCACCAGAAGACCCUGAAAAACUUCCCAUAGCCAAGCCUAAUAAUGCCUAUGAAUUUGGUCAGAUUAUAAAUGCUCUCAGUACCAGGAAGGAUAAAGAAGCCUGUGCACAUCUUUUAGCCAUCACUGCACCAAAAGAUUUGCCGAUGUUGUUAAGUAACAAACUUGAAGGGGAUACAUUCCUCCUCCUCAUUCAGUCUCUGAAAAAUAAUCUUAUUGAAAAAGAUCCCUCACUGGUGUAUCAGCAUCUUUUAUAUCUGAGUAAAGCAGAAAGGUUUAAGAUGAUGUUGACACUAAUUAGCAAGGGCCAAGAGGAGCUAAUUGAACAGCUGUUUAAGGACCUUUCAGACACACCAAACAACCAUUUUACUUUAGAAGAUAUACAAGCCCUAAAAAGGCAGUAUGAGCUUUAAAUCAAGAUAAUUAGAUUUCUUCCAUGCAUGUACGUGUUCCAGGCAUGUUAAUGAGAUGGUAUUGUAACAGAGUUGCAUGGAUAAAACCUGGCCUAGAAAAGAUCUUUUGGUCUGCACUCUAAAACAUUUUACUUAUUUUCCUACAUAGAACAUGUAUAUUCUACAAUCUGCUUUUUAUUAGUUGUAAAUAUUUUCUUAUGUACCAGAGCCAAAUAAGUAUAUUUGAAACUUGUUAAAAAUGCAUUUUAAUUUAUAAUAUACAUAUUAUUUUAAUUACUUGUUAAAAUUUUGAGUUAAGUUGCAUUUCUUUGGGCUAUGAAGGAGUCCUCUUAAGUUUGAUAGAAAUGAAUUUCUUUAACAUUCUUUUUUAAAAGUGAAAGUCAUUAACAGUGAUUAUUAUAUCACAUAUCCUGCUAAGAUACACAUAAAUCCCAUUUUGUACUAGUACUCAUGGAUUACAGUCAGUUAAAAUGAAAUGCAACACUGAAGUCUAUAACAAGAAAUGAAAUAUUUAGAGCUAUAAGAGGAAUUUAUUUUUUCUAAUAUGGAAACAUUGCCUAAUAGGUAAGAACAAAAAUUGCCAAAAAUUUCUACCACUUUUUACUAGAUUUUAAAAAGCUACUUUCCUUUAUAUAUUGCUUAUAUAAGCAAAAAACCAACCACUGUAUUAAAGCAAACUAAGCCUGCAUUUAUAUCUGAGUUAUUACCUCCAUAUUUUACCAAAUAUUUGAAUGUCCCCCUUUCCCCCCUUUUUUUUUCUGCUUUUAUGACUAUAUUUAUUCCUUUACUGUAAAAGAACAUGAAGAACUCAUAUAUGUUGAAAGCUCCUUUGUUGACUGGGUCAAAGUGAAGGAAUUUCAAUCUCCA